AGAAACUGCCUCAGUCCGCGACAAGCGUCCGUCGUCGUUACACGCAUGCGCGAUCUCCUCCCAUUGGCCGAUUUGAAUUUCGGAUUCGAACGUUCUAACCGACCGGCCAAUCGCGUUCGAUCGUUUGAUUUCUUUUCGUGUCCACUUUUUGCAUGUAAGUUUUGUUCCGUUAUUGUGACCUGUGGUUGUGACAUUAGAAGACAGUGUGUAUUAAAAGAAGCUGAUUGUUUUAUGGAAGGUCGGAUGUUUUCUCACGUUUUCUGGUGUAAAUAAACAACGCGCAAAAAAACAGGCCACCUGAGCGGAUUAUUGACCCAGUCACGAACGGUCACCGGAACCAUUAUGCCUUAUACAUCCAACAGUAUCUGAGCGGACCUGACCAGCAUUGCGAACGGGAAGCACCGUUAAUUAUGCCAAUUUAUUAGCAAGCACAAUGAUGGAAGAAGUAACGCCUCGUCCCAGUGUCGAAUACAUCCCUCCUUUACCCCCGAAGGUGAAGCAAAGAGGAUCGACCACUUAUACACAAAUAACAAGUGACGACGCCAGUAUGAACACAAACGGGUUCACCGCCACCGACGUCCGGAUGGACUCGCUAAGUUCGAUGCACUCACUCGUCCUUAAUUCUAAGACACCAUCUGCAACGGUAUUCGUUGCGGCGACCCAGUCAGACCGACCCGCGAGUACGCCUAGCACGGACGCUCUCAACGGCCCACACGUGGUCACUAUCAGAAUAAACACAGACGCAGAUAAACCGAAAGCGCCAAAAAUAUCAAGUGUUCAUCUCAAGAGUGACGUCGACUUCGAAAGUUUCAAGAUUAACGACGUGUGCAAGAAAAACAACAGCUUAGUCAGAUUAAAUGUUGAAGAAAACAGACCGAAAAUACUAGAAAACGAAGAUCUUCUGAAGACAGAUAAAGCGCCAUACAUAUAUUGCAAUUCUUUCAACUCAAUGACCAAUAUGGUUAUGUCAAGCGGGCAGUGUUCCCCUAGUGACACACUGGACUCGGGAACCUGCAGCGACCUUGACGGCACUCCUCCACCUUUACCCAAAAAGAAAACCUCAAAAAGUAGUUCAAUAAAGAAAGCUGUAUCUGUAACGUUAAUCAGCUCGAGAAACGGGAACAACCAAAGCGAAGUAGAUUUUGAAGACAACGACUCGAAUAUAUCAUGCGAUUCUCUGAAUAGUAGUGAGCUAAACGUAAGCGUGCACGCCGAUGAAAGUCAUAGCGAAUAUAGUAAAAAAGAAAAGAAACAGAGUGCGGAAUCACCCGACGCGCCGGAGACGGUCGCCAAAGCGAACAAUAAAGACAGUAGCUUUCUACCGCAGGGUCUGCUGCAAGACAUAAGAGACCGUUCAGCGAAACUAAAUACGGUCGAAACUGAAAGCGAGGCGAAGCCCGAGCUGCACGAGGAAGCGAACCAGAAUAUUAAUGAGGAUGCUAAUAUUUCAAAAGAAAGCGCACAGCUCACAUCGUUCCGUCUAGUUUCUCAGUUUAAUAGCGAGUGCAAGAACACGACGGAGUCGCUGCCCGCGACCUUGUGCUCCAAAACGCCGCUGAUUAGCGAGAGCACUUACGAGGAGCGAAAGCAACAGGACAAGAUGAAACAAGAGCAACUGAUUUACAGCAGCCAUUACUUUGAUACGGACAAAUAUUACGACUUCCAUCUAAACGAAAAACAAUUUGAUGAUGUGAAAAGUGUUAGUGUUGGUUCUAAAAGUGAGAGUGAAGUGUCUGAAUUGGAAUACUUUGCCGGUGUGAAGGAUUAUAAAAACGAGGAGAUGCCAUCGACGAUAAAAAGUUCUAAAGGAACAAUAAGGGGCGUGAAGAACCGCGUUCGGGCGGGCAUCGCGACGUUUUUGCAAAUACAGAACACGACAAAGAGUUACAAAGAAAAAGACGCUGGCAAGGUAGUAGUUUACACGACGACGAUGGGCAUCGUCAGGAGUACUUACCAACGAUGCGUUCUCGUGAAGAAGAUCCUGAGGAACUUACUGGUGAAGUACGAGGAACGGGAUGUCUUCAUGAGCACCGAGUACCAAGACGAGAUCAGGGACAGGAUGAAAAGCGACCAGAUCUUAGUCCCGCAACUGUUCUUAGAUGGACAGCAUAUUGGGGAUGCAGACACGGUGGAAAAAUUGAACGAGAGUGGAGAACUGAGGAAAAUGUUGAAACCUUAUAAGAGCCCCGAUGCCUGCAACACCUGCCAAAUGUGUGGCGGGUUCCGUCUGCUCCCCUGCCGGAUCUGCAACGGCUCCAAGAAGAGUCUCCACAGGAACCACUUCACGGCCGAGUUCGUUGCACUCAAGUGUAUGAAUUGUGAUGAAGUAGGCCUUGUAAGGUGCGAGGCUUGCUGCUAAGGAUAACUCCUCGUCUCUUUGAAUUUAGGAAUUUAUACAGAAUAGGCACGGUGACUGAAAAAUAUGUGUCCAAUAUUUUUGGUCUUUCUAAAAUGCAGUCUAGUUUUUUAAACUGUCAUCACGCCUAUCCUUUUUGUGGGC